AUGGCCGAUGCCAAGCCUGGUGUUGUUGUCAUUCCGGAGACAAUUCAGAAGCCAGCAUGGGUACCAUUCAGUUUCGUCUGCCUCACAUCCGGGCGGCAGCGGCCGACCGUAGUCUUCGCGUCAAGCCGACUUCCUGUAGAGACUGAUGGACGUUUUCAGGUCACCCACCUAAACGCCACUGCUAUCGAGGUCGCUGCGCCAACCGGUCUGCGUGGUGAAGACGACAGCACAGUGCUAGAGUGCAUCGUGUCUGGUGUCGGGAAACGUGUCACGGUGACGAUACAAGACAACUGUGGACCCGGCAACAUGCAGUGUCGAGACGGACGCUGUAUACCAACACGCGACUUCUGCGACGGCAAACCCGACUGCGGUGACGGCUCCGAUGAGUUUGACAACUACUGUCAGCCCGAACGUCACGACGAAAAGGUUCGUCGAUGUUCCAUAGGCUUCCAUAAAAGCAGGCCCGGAGAUGAUCAGUUGUUGGGUGAUUCCUGGGGCACGCCCUGGGUAUGUUCGCAGCCUCGACUAAACGCACGGUUCCCUCCUCACGAGUUGAAGUACGCUCCUCUGAAGAUUUAUGUCCCAGCUGGCUAUUCUGUCGUGGCCUUUUAUCUCGUCUAA